AUCAUGUGUUACAAAAAAUCGUUUGCUCAUUGUUAACAUUUGCUUUUUAUAUUGGAAUUUAGAUGAUGCAGAAAUUCUGUCUUCAAAUGAUAACAGAAUAAACUACACUGUUGUUAUGGAGCGUCAUCUUCAGACCAAUCCUUCAGGAAAAUUUGUGAAAGUUCAAUUUAUGCCUGAGAUGGAAGCUGGAAGUAUGAAUUGCCCAACACAAUGGCUAUUACUAAUUGGAUGUGGUACCACACAGAAAGACUUGGAAAAGGCUGUUCUUGAGAUGGUGAAUCAUUGCGAGAAAAUGUUCAUCACAAGUGUUCAUGUUUAUUGUUCAAAAGAGUUACCAUUAUCCUUUGGGGUUCAGUCAGUGGCUAUUAUUGACACAGUUUACAACAUGCCAACAGACAAAUAUCCAAGUCGCCUCUACAAAUAUUUAUCAAAUGUGACUAUUGUGGCCGGGGAUAAAGAUGGUUUUUCUAAUAUUGAAUCAAGACUGUUGCAACAAAAAAGUUUGCUCGCAUCUUUUUUUGGAGCUUCCAGAGAAUGGAGAAAAGAAUCACAGUCGAGACCGGAGAGUUCUAUAAAGAUAAAAUUAGUUGGUGAGCAAAUGGAAGAUGUGAAUGCAGUUAAAAAGGCAAUUGAAGACUUUAUCUCUAAGAGUGAAUGGCAACUGCCAAAUGUUGCUAAACAGGUGAAAGUUCAAAAAGAAAUAGAACAUUCUUCAGAGGAACAGACAGAAUUUGUCAACAAAACCAAAUCUUUUGGCCAAACCAAAGCUGUCAGCCAGACAGGAAAUGUUGGCCAAACCAAAGCUGUCAACCAGGCAGGAGCUGUAAGCCAAACUAACAUAAAUAGCAAUACAGGAGCUGUCCAACAGAAUGGAGCAAUAACAGAACAUGAGGGAACAGAAAAACAGCAAGAACAUAUGGAAAGUUCUGAAGUAUCUGCUGAGCUUAAUCAAGGUAUUGUAGAUCACCUGUUAAAAGAGUCUUUCAGAAAAUUUUAUAACACCUGGAAAAUUCAAGUUGAAGAUGUUUAUAGUGUAAAGAUUACUGAAAACAGAGGAGAUGGUAAAUUACAGAUGAAUGUUUCAGGCUCAUUUGAAAGCAUAUUAAGAUUUGAGGAAUAUUUAGAGGAGAAUUUUCCAAACCUUCCCAAGGAAAGUCUAUCUGAAGAAAUGGAAUAUGAUGAUUCACACUUUAAGAUUUCUGAUGAAGAGGUUACUAUGCAAAUUCCAAUCACCAAAGAUGAAAAGACUAAAUUAAUGAUGUUUUAUGCUGAAGAAAUUAAACAUCUUACAGACAAGGGUUUUCUGUCUCAGCUAUUAACAUCAUCUGAGAACACAAUUACUCUUAUAUGCAAAAAAGACAAAGAAGCCUAUGUGAAAGAUAGAUUUUACUCCUUUAAAGAAAAGGUUAGUCAACUACAAGUCAAGGAAAUUCAUUUCGCAUCUCUUGAAGUGAUGAAAAAAGUUGAAACAUUGUGUUUGAAUAAGCAGACAGAUUCUUCUAUAAGAUACGUCAAUGAUGAAAAGGAGAUGCAAAUUGAAAUCAUGGGUCUUGAUCUUAAAGCUUUGGAUGAGUUAGUUAAAAAUGUAGAAAGGGUUAAGGCAGAAGUUCAUGAAGAAUAUUACAGUGAAAAAAAAACUUUUUACUUUAAAGAAGUAUCUGUGCACAUUUACUGUAGUGAUAUUCUCAAAACAGAUGUUGAUUGUAUUGUUAGCUCUGGAGGUAGAGUUGAGAAGUGUAUUGAUGACGUUGCUGGAAAGACUUAUGCAGGCAAAGUUGAAAAAUGGUUAAGAAGUUCUAAUUUACAAUUAUCUGAGUGCUACACAACUGGGUCAGGCAAUUUGAAAAGAAUCAAGAAAGUAAUUCGUGUUAAUUGCUCUAUUUUGGCUGGAGAUUAUUCAGACUAUCAAGGGUUACAUCUUAUACAAGAAUCAGUUGAAAACUGCCUUAUCGAAGCUGAUAAACAGGGAAUGAAGUCUGUGGCAUUUCCAUUCAUAUGUUCAGCUGUAUCCGGAUAUGGAAUUGAUGAAUGUGCUCAACAGUACAUCAGAGCAAUAUUAGUUUCUGGUCAGAAGUUGAAGAGUGUGAUAGAAGUCCAUUUUGUGGAUAAAGACUCUGUUGAAAAAGUAUGCAAAGUAUUUGAUGGCUACUUUAACAUGCGAAAAGAUAAUGAUAAAGAUCUUUUAGUAUAUGGAGAAAACAUCAAAUAUGAAAUUAGGAACACAGCUAUUAAAUUAUGCAGCGGAGAUAUCCAGCUUUCUAUAGCUCAUGGAAUUGCUAUUUUUGUGGACAAACAUUUGCCGCUUCCCAGCGACAAUAGAUUACUGAACAACUUACAGGCAAUGGAAAAAACUGAUUUUCAAAAGAUGAUGAAGCGAGUAAGAGAAAAAGAUGAAAUAGUCAUUGUCCAAUCAAAAUGUAGGAUGAUGUAUGAUGUUGUUUUAGCAGCAUUUCCAGAUAUCAAAGAAGAAAAGAGAAGUAAAAAGUGUUUGCAUGAUACAGUUGAAAAAAUUCUGACAAAGGCAUCAGAUUUUGGAUUCAUUAGUUUUGCAAUUUCAUUACCUGAAACACAUAAAGAUGGUAGAAUAACAAGACCUUGGAUUCAGGAAUUUUGUAAAGCACUUGUAGACUUCCUAAAGAGCAAUAAAACAAGCUUGAAGGAUGUAAAGAUUGUUGGUACAUGUGAUAAAAACAUGGAAGCUGUGUCAAAAGCUUUAGAGUUUUGCAGAAAAGAAAGAGUUCUAUAUGGAGGAUCUUUUUAUGGAACCUUGGUCUAACAAAGAGAUGAAAGGAGAAUUGAAUGGGGAGUCAACAUUCAAUAUUGUAUACUGAAAUACCAUUAUAUAUGUUUGUACAUGCAUACACUUCUCAACUUUCCUGUGAUUGGUUACAUCUUUUUUUCCCCAAUUGUUUUGAAAGAUUUGUUUUGAUGUUUGAAUAUUUUGUCCAAAUUUCAUAUUUCUGAGUGAGAUAUCUGCUCCAUAAAUAAUUGAUUUUGGACAGAUACAAUUUUUUUAAGAAAAAUAUUAUUCUUACAAUGGCAGUGUUUUAAAGUGAAUAUAUGAUGUGUUUCACUGCUUUCAGAUCUAUAGAUGCAAAAAAUCACCUUGUAAGAUCAUGCAUGUUUGUAUUGAUGUGAAAGUUUUUCUAUUAUUUGUAUAACUACAAAUACAUAAUUAUGCCUUCAUAAGAUAUUUUUUCGCCUUUAUUAUCCCCCUCCCGAUUCCAUAUAGUUUUGGCGUUGUCCGUCCGUCCGUCCAUCCGUCCCUCCGAAUUUCGUUUCCGGAGUAGUUCUCUGCAACUACUGGCUGGAAUUCAACGAAACUUUAUGGGAAUCAUCAAUAUCAAGAGGAGAUGCGCGUAUCGUCGGCUUGUUCCGGUCCGACCCUUUAACUCAGAGUUAUGGCCCUUGAUUAGUUAUGUAGUGUGCAUAUAGAGUAAAAAUCGGUUCCGGAGUAGUUCUCUGCAACUACUGGCUGGAAUUCAACGAAACUUUAUUGGAAUCAUCAAUAUCAAGAGCAGAUGCGCAUAUCGUCGGCUUGUUCCAGUCCGACUCUUUAACUCAGAGUUAUGGCCCUUGAUAAGUAAUGCAGUAUGCAUAUAGAGUAAAAAUCGUUUCCACGCUACUUCUCUGCAACUACUGGCUGGAAUUCAACAAAACUUUAUGGGAACCUUCAAUACCAAGAGGAGAUGCGCAUAUCGUCACCUUGUUUGGGUCAGACACUUUAACUCAGAGUUAUGGCUCUUGAUUAGUAAUGCAGUAUGCCAGUGAGUGAUAUAGAGCAAAAAUCUUUUCCGCGCUACUUCUCUGCAACUACUGGUUGGAAUUCACAAAACUUUAUGGGAACCUUCAAUACCAAGAGAAGAUGCGCAUAUCAUUACCUUGUUGAGGUCAGACAUUUUAACUCCGAGUUAUGGCCCUUGAUUAGUUAUGCAGUAUGCAUAUAGAAAAAUAUUUGUUUCUGCGCUACUUCUCUGCAACUUCUGGCUGGAAUUCAAUGAAACUUAAUUGGAACCUUCAAUACCAAGAGGAGAUGUGCAUAUCGUCGCCUUGUUUGGGUCAGACAUUUUAACUUAGAGUUAUGGCCCUUGAUAACUUAUGCAGUAUACAACCAGAGCAAUAAUCAUUUCAGUGCUACUUCUCUGUAACUACUGGCUGGAAUUCAAUGAAACUUUAUGGGAUACGAAGAGGAGAUGUGCAUAUAGUCACCUUGUUCCGGUCAGACACUUAUAACUCAGAUUUAUGCUGUAUGCAUACAUCUUAUUGGCAUUUCCAGAUAUUACUAUUUCACACAGAGUUAUGGCUCUGUUAUUGCCCUGAAUAUUUAUCAAGUUCAAAGAAUAUUACCGUUAAUGCCAUGAUAAAUAUAUAAAUAAAGCCUUAUGUCUUCAGUUGUUGUGUUAGUAAUAACCAGUACUCGGCGGAGAUAUAAAUUCAACGAAUUUGCUUGUUAAUUCAUUUUUAAUAUUGCACAUGUUAUU